AUGGCCACAGUGGAAGACAGGCUUACUCUGCAGAGGCUCUUCGGCAGAGGAGAGCAGCAGGCUGAGCUAUUUUCUUCUGCUUCGGCAUCCAAAAUCUACGCACAGAGUAUCAUUCGAUCCAUACCACACUCUCGCAACGGGGACUCUCCCUUCCGAUGCAGCAGAGCCGCAGCUCCCUUCAGAUGCAGCGGGAGUCCCUCCAUCAAUCGUGUCUCUUUGCUUUCUCAGCAUCGGAGUAGGGCUCCUCUUCGGGUGCAGCAGACCCACGGCUCCCUUCGCUCGCAGUGUGAACCCCCGUCUGAGUACUUCGCAUACUCGAUGGCGGCCAGGGAUCUCCCUCCCGAAGGGGUUACAGCUGCUGGCUCCAUUCGGUCGCACCGCAAGAGGGACUCUCCCUUCUGGUGCAGCAGAGCCGCAGCUCCCUUCGGAGGCAAAAAGAGUCCCUCAUUUUUUGAUAUCCGGCAUUGUGCUCCUCUCAUAAGUGGCACAGAGGGCUCGCCGGCAGAGAACAAGCUCUAUGCAACAUCAGAAGUUAGUUCAGAUCAACACCUACAUCAGGAACUGUUGAAUAAAACAGAGACUCUAUUUCACAGACUUCUGAAAGAAAGACAUCACAAACUGAGAGCUGUAGAUGUUCUUCAGUUAACUGCACAUUCAUUACACUCCCAUGAGUCUUGUGCUGAAGAAGACCUGAUUCAGAGUUUCAUACAAAAACUACUGAUAACGGACUACAGAGCAAGAUAUAUUAAAACUAAAGGCAACAAUGGGGAAGUUCACAAAGGUCAAACCAGCUAUGAUUCAUUUACAGAAGUGGCUGAUUCUGAUGAUUUUUUUCACAAUUUAUGGUCAGUGUCUAAUGAAGAAACAGGUCGAUAUGAGAAAAUUCAUCCGAUGGAUGUUCAGAUGGCAGUGUUUCAUUGUGCUGAUAGUUUCCUGAAGCAGCUGAUGGUCACUAAACUGUCCCAGUGUCAGUACGCUCUGCCUCUACUUGUUCCUGAUCCAUUCACUCAACAGAUUGAGUUUCCUCUCUGGACGUUCAGACAAAUCAACAAGAGCUGGAAGAUGAGAAACAUCAACAAUAAAAUCAUCAGUCAAACCCAGCCCAUCUACAAGGCAGAAACUCCAAUGGUGUUUUUCUUCAGGUUUGGCUCGGUGUCUUCAUCCAAGUCUCAGCUGAUGAACAGUCUGAUCAAUGAGAAACACAACACGUUCUUCCACAGGAACUGUCCCGGCAGCAGCAAAAACAUGCUCCUGAUGGAUGGAGUGGUGGAGAUCGCCUGGUUCUGCCCUUCUGGAAGAGACACAGAUAAAUUCACUGAGUGUGUAGCAUUCUGCAAUCUACACGGUGAUGCAGGAGACCAUGAGAAACAGCUGCAGAUCCUCACUGAAAUGAGCUCAGUCAAUGUUGUCCUUCUACCACAACUUCAGAGGAAUGACAGAAGCAUGACAAAACUUCAAGAACUCUAUAAGGGAUCAAAGCCACUCAUUUGUCUUUUUACUGAGGAUGAAUCUGCUGUAACUGUGUUGAAGAAAAAAUACCGGAUUGGUCUGAAAGACAGAAAUCAGUCAGAUGUAUUUGAAGAACUCAGAAAAGCAAUAAAGGAUUGUCUCUCAGAAAGAUCUUCCACGUUCAAACUUGAAGAUGUGUCCAAACUCUCAGACAUCAAAGUAGAUGAGGAAGAUGAUGAUGACUGCAGGAGAGGAAGAGAAGCAGCACAGCAGAUGAUGAGUUUACUGGAGAAGAAAGAUCUGACAGAAAUCAAAGAAUCAUUUCUGCCUCAUCAGGGGAAACUGUGGCAUCAGUGGAGUCAGAAGAACAAAAAACUACAUCGACCUCGAGCGGAUGAGACAGAAAAGGACAUAAGCAUAAAACAGACAGAAAUGAAGAAAAUCCUUGAGCAACAGCAUGAAUCUAACAUCAGUGAGUUUAUGAAACUCUUUCUAAAACAAAUGAACUCAGAUACUGAACAUGAAAAGAUGAUUUUCAUUAGAUGGCUCAUAAUCCUUCUGCCUGAAUAUAUCUCAGCUGAUCUUUCUGCUCUACAUCACAAGUAUAAUGAAAAGUGGUCAAUGGUCUUACAAAUGAAAGAGAAUCAAGAUGAAUUUGAACAACUCCCGGCUGAACAAGCAGAACUUGAGAGAAUAUCUGAGGAUCUUCAAGCUGCAGCUUUUGGUUUGGAGCACAUCAUGAGGGAGAUCGGUCAGAUCUAUGAAUCAUGUUCAUCUGUGAAGAAGAACAAGAAAGACCUGCAGGUUCACUUCUCUUCUCUCCCGAGUCUUGCAGCUGAGAUGAUGAUCUCUGGAUUUCCACUGGAGCUGAUGGAUGGAGAUGCUGCUCAUGUUCCUGUGAUCUGGGUCUCUGCUGUUCUAGAUCAACUCAUCCAGAAACUGGGAGACCAGAGAGUCUUUGUGCUGUCAGUUUUAGGGCUUCAGAGCUCUGGGAAAUCCACCAUGCUGAACGCCAUGUUUGGACUCCAGUUUGCCGUCAGUGCUGGCAGGUGCACCAGAGGAGCUUUCAUGCAGCUGAUCAGAGUAUCAGACGAGAUGAAAACACAGAUGAACUUUGACUAUAUUCUGGUUGUUGAUACAGAGGGUCUUUGUGCUCUAGAACUUGCUGAAGGAUCAACAAGAGAUCAUGAUAAUGAACUGGCCACAUUUGUUGUAGGUCUUGCAAAUCUGACCUUGAUCAACAUCUUUGGAGAAAACCCAUCUGAGAUGCAGGACAUUCUUCAGAUUGUUGUUCAGGCCUUAAUGAGGAUGAAGAAGGUAAGACUGAAUCCCAGAUGUGUGUUUGUGCACCAGAACGUCUCAGACGUCACUGCUGGAGAGAAAAACAUGGAGGGAAGGAGAAGACUAUUGGAGAAACUGGAUGAGAUGACAAAACUCGCUGCUGAAGAGGAAGACUGUGAUGCACAACAUUUCAGUGAUGUCAUUAGAUUUGAUGUUCAGAAUGAUGUAAAAUAUUUCGCUCAUCUCUGGGAGGGCAGCCCACCAAUGGCACCACCAAACCCAAACUACUGUGAGAACAUUCAAGAACUAAAUCAAACUAUUAUUUCUCAUGCAGCUAAAUCAAAUAGACUUAUGCUGACACACUUUAAAGAUCGUAUUAAAGAUCUCUGGGAGGCUUUACUGAAUGAACGAUUUGUCUUCAGCUUCAGAAAUACUCUGGAGAUUUCUGCUUACAGGAAACUGGAAACUGAGUACAGCAAGUGGUCCUGGAGUCUGCACAGUGCCAUGAUGGAAAUUGAGAACAAACUAUACAAUAAAAUAGAAAAUGAAGCAAUUCAUGAGGUUGAGGAAACUGAUCUUCAAAAUGAACUGAAGAAGACAAGUGAAGAAGUAGAAAAGUCAAUGUCUGAAUUCUUUGAGAAAGACAAAGAUUCAGUGUUUAUACUGAUUCAGUGGAAAACAUCAUUUGAAAUCAAGAUCAAAGAGCUUCAGGAAAAUAUCGUGAGAGAAACAAAGAGGAAAUUAAAUGGGAUUGUUCAGCAGCGAGACCUGAAGAAAAAGACUGAUGAUCAGAGGACAAACCAUGAAAACACUCUCUAUGAAAAGAGCAAAGAACUUCCCUUAAAACUCAAAGACAAAGCAAAUGAUGAAGAAACACUGAAGAAAGAGUUUGAUUUGUGUUUGGAGCAGAGUGUAGAUGAGAUUAUCUCAGACACGCCUCCAAUCAAUGACAUUGACAUUAUGAAAGAUGCAAUACAAAUUCUCAGUGACAUCUAUGAGGGGGAUCUCCCUGACUACAUUAAAGAGGACAGUGAGUACAUCAGUAUUUUCACUGUUUGGAGUUUUUUUGAUUAUGUUCAUUUCAAAACGUCCACAAAAAAGGGGGUUAAAGGCUUGAUAACGGGUGCUUUCAGUACAAAGAAAGAAACAUUUGGAAAUAUUCAAAAUCUGUCUCCAGAGAAAGAAGCUCAAAUUAAAUCAUUAGUCUCAGAUGUUGACCAGCAGACAGACAAAAUGAUUCAGUCAUUUAACAUUUCAAAGAUGGGCUACAACAUCAGCUGCAUUCAAAAACUCAUACAUUAUAUCAAGAAAAGAGUAACAGAACAUCAGGAAGGACCAGUGAAAUAUGAGUUCAAGAAUGAGUUCUUUAUCGAUUUGGUUCUUUCCAUUUGUAAAAAAGCAAACAAGAUGAUCACAGACCAACACAGACUAUUCAGGGAAACCAAUGAUCCUGUGAUAUAUGUCGAGAAGAAGAGAGAAGAGUACUAUAUUAUCUUUCAAAAAUCCUGUAAUGAAGCUCCAUCAGCUGCUGUUUUUGGCAAGAUCAUCUGUCAAAAACUGAAAGAGCCCAUUGAGCAGAGUGUCUACAAGAAGACUGCCAGAGAUCUGACAGAUGAAAUUAUGAAAAACUGUGAAUCACUGAAUGGAAACAGAUUAAAUCUGGAGAAACACAUCCUGAAGACAUUGGCAGAAGAAGAGGAUUUUGUCCAAUACACGGAUUACCUGAAUUAUCCCAGGCUUCACUUCAAGAGUUUCAUCAGAGAUGAAGUCAGUCGGUACAUCACUGAUAAGUUCAGUCUCAGUGUUUUACCCAAGAUGAAGGAGAACAUUAAACUCCUGCAGCAGAAGAUCAUGAAAGCAGCUCAUGAAUCCACUGAACAUGUUCAAGUCAACAGUGGAGAUGUUGGUUUGUGGUUGAAGAGUUUCACACAGCAGCUCUCAGACGCGCUGAUCUUCUCUCAGAAAGACCUCAGUGGAGAGAAACAUCAUGAUGUUGAUGAUUUCAACCUCCUAGAAGAUGUGAUAAAGAAAGAUCUAACUGCUAUAAUGUCUGACAUCAGCAAUAGUUUAAACACAGACACUUUUCUAGUGAAGCUAGACUAUAAAUUCAGACCACAUGAGCUUCUGACUGAUCACUUCUGUCAGUGCUGUUGGGAUCAGUGUCCAUUCUGUGGAGCCACAUGCAAUCACACCAUAAACAACCAUCAUGGAGAUCACAGUGCUCCUUUCCAUCGUAGUAUUGGUCUGAAUGGAAUAUAUUACAAUGAUACAUCUAACUUGUCUACUCAUAUUUGCACAUCAGCAGAAGCAAGCAGCAUUCUAUAUAUGUAUCCCAAUGACUCAGAUGAUGAAAUCCCCUGGACAGAUUACAGAAGAGCAGGAGGAGCUUUUGCAGACUGGAGCAUCACCCCUGAUUUCUCUGAACUGCCCUACUGGAAGUGGUUUGUGUGCAGAUUCCAGAAAGAUCUGGAAAAAUACCACAAAAAAACAUUUGAGGGACAGGGUAAGAUACCAGAUGAAUGGAAAAAAUACUCAAAACUGGACGCUAUUGAGAGUUUGGACAAUUACAUUUAA